AUUCAGCUGGCAGACUUUUACCUUCUUCAGCCACUGUCACCAAAGCCCAGAGUCUUCAGCACCAUGGUCAGCAGCAGGAUGCUGCUCCUCAGCGCCUCCUGUUGGUUGCUCGUAGCUUUGGGGAGCUGUGAGGAGCAGAUGGAGGAGCGGUCGCCUGAGUAUGAAGCCUUCAAAACUCAAGAGGAGAAGGAGCUGAUUGAAGCUCUGCAGGAAGUUCUGGAGAAGCUGAGGAACAAACAGCUGCCCUCGUCAGAGAAAAAGCUGGGCUGGCUUCCACCUUGUAAUACAAGUGAGCAGUGUGCAGUGCGGAAAGGCGCCAGGGUCGGGAAGCUGUGUGGAUGUCCCAGAGGGAUGGAGUGUGACUUCAGCAUCCUCAAGUGUCUGUAGGGCUCCACAUUUAAAGCUGUUGAUGAUCCAAAAAGAAAAUAAAGUUUU